UGUGGAUUCGGCCCAUACCCAAAGCUGUUUCCCAACAGUAUCCCAUAAUAACACAAUCGCCACCACCAUACCUACGCAACAGUGUGAAGAGGACCAUUACCAAGGCGAGGUUAACCGCAAUGGAGGCAGCUGGCUCCGACUCCGACGGCAGAGAAUUCAAAAACGCACAAGAGAUGUGGAGGGAACAAAUCGGAGAUGAAGGUGAUGAUCCUAAGAAGAUUCAAUGGUACCGUGAAGGCGUUGCUUAUUGGGAAGGUGUGGAGGCGUCUGUGGAUGGAGUAUUGGGUGGAUUUGGGCAAGUAAAUGAUGCUGAUAUUAAAGGUAGUGAAGCUUUUCUCAAUUCCCUUUUGCAUGAAAGAUUUGGUGAUGGUGGAAGAAAUCAGCACCUUGUUGCCCUUGAUUGUGGUUCUGGCAUAGGGAGGAUAACCAAGAAUCUACUCAUAAGAUAUUUUAAUGAGGUUGAUCUUCUUGAGCCAGUGUCACAUUUCUUGGAUUCUGCCCGUGAAAAUUUGUCUCAGGAACAUUUUGUUGCCUCUGACGUGCACAAGGCGACUAAUUUCUACUGUGUCCCGCUUCAAGAGUUCACUCCUGAAGCUGGAAGGUACAAUGUUAUUUGGAUUCAGUGGUGCAUUGGUCAUCUCACAGAUGAUGACUUUAUCUCAUUUUUUAAGAGAGCAAAGGUAGGCCUUAAACCUGGUGGAUUCUUUAUCUUGAAAGAGAACAUUGCAAGAAACGGAUUUGUUUUGGAUAACGAAGACCGAAGCAUCACAAGAUCCGAUUUAUACUUCAAGGACCUAUUUCGUCAAUGUGGAUUGCACCUGUAUAAAAUGAAGGACCAGAAGGGACUUCCUGAGGAAUUGUUUGCUGUAAAGAUGUAUGCUUUAACAACUGAAGUCCCGAAGAAAGUUCAUAAGACCCGAUCUAAGGUGCAAGCCAACAGACCCGGCAUCAUUAAAUAAUUUGUUUCGAACUUCUUGUGUUCUUGUAGUAUAGAAAUGCUUAGUUCUCGAGUACAUACCUUCUGACCAAAUGACUAUCGGUUUUAUCUUAAAUAGUUCCUUAGGUUGACAAAUUUUGCUCUUAUGCUUUGAAUGAUCAUAUAUUUACCUACAGUUGAUGAUAAGACAAUGCUUUGAAUGAUCA